CCUUGGUCGGUCGACAGAUGGAAACAUGGCGGCGAUCAGUAAAUACUUGACAGCUAAGAACUGCUCUAUAGCAGGCGCCACAAUUGUUGCCUUGUAUCUUCUCAAGAGGAAAAGACAUGCUGCCAAGAUAAAUGGGUAGCUAAGUUAAGCUUGACAACUAUUUCGUAGCUAAAGUAAGAUUAGCUUGGUGACGACCAUCAUAAUGCUAAACUGAUGUAGCCAACAUUGGCUAGCUAGUAAUGCUGCGUUCACAACAACUGGGAAGUCGGGAAAAAUACGAGAUCAAAUCAUGACGUCAGUGAUCUUCAGGUCGGAAAGUCGGAGCUCUAGAAACAGGCGCGAGUUCCCGAGGUGGAAUUCCGAGUUGGAUGACCGUUCUAAACGAUUUCCUCAGUCGGACAUAGUUUUUUUCCAAAGUUCCCAGUUGUUUUGACGCACUGAAGUCGGAGAUGUCCGAGUUCCCAAUUGUUUUAAACGCUGCAUUUGUCAUACAACAUUUGUAACUGACUAGUUGCAGUAUGAUGACGUUGAACCAGAGCUUUCUGUUAUGUUAUUUUAACACUAUUUUAGGUAGGUAGUAGUUUAUGGAGUUAAUUUUCUCUACUGAUACUCACAGAGGUGGUAGGGGAUAUAAUUGCAUUGCCCGUUAUAGCUGGGUUGUCAGGAUUGCAAGGUCUAACUAACAAAGUAAUCUACGUUUGCUGUGUGUCUUUGGCUACCAUAGAUUGGCUUCAUUCCUGUUUUAUGUUUAGGGUGAAAAGAUCAUCAGAACUACAUUUGAGCAAAGAUGUAAGUGUUUGUAUCCAAGAAAUGUUACUAACUACUGAGUUGUAAGAUUCUUACCACACUCAAUGUUGAAAUCACUCUCUCUUACCACAGUGGUUCCCAAACUAUGUGGGGGGAGGGGCGCAGGGUUUUAUAUAUACACACACAGUGGGGAGAACAAGUAUUUGAUACACUGCCAAUUUUGCAGGUUUUCCUACUUACAAAGCAUGUAGAGGUCUGUAAUUUUUAUUAUAGGUACACUUCAACUGUGAGAGAUGGAAUCUAAAACAAAAAUCCAGAAAAUCAUAUUGUAUGAUUUUUAAGUAAUUCAUUUGCCUUUUAUUGCAUGACAUAAGUAUUUGAUACAUCAGAAAAGCAGAACUUAAUAUUUGGUACAGAAACCUUUGUUUGCAAUUACAGAGAUCAUAUGUUUCCUGUAGGUCUUGACCAGGUUUGCGCACACUGCAGCAGGGAUUUUGGCCCACUCCUCCAUGCAGACCUUCUCCAGAUCCUUCAGGUUUCGGGGCUGUCGCUGGGAAAUAGACUUUCGGCUCCCUCCAAAGAUUUCUAUUGGGUUCAGGUCUGGAGACUGGCUAGGCCACUCCAGGACCUUGAGAUGCUUCUUACGGAGCCACUCAUUAGUUGCCCUGGCUGUGUGUUUCGGGUCGUUGUCAUGCUGGAAGACCCAGCCACGACCCAUCUUCAAUGCUCUUACUGAGGGAAGGAGGUUGUUGGCUAAGAUCUCGCGAUACAUGGCCCCAUCCAUCCUCCCCUCAAUACGGUGCAGUCGUCUUGUCCCCUUUGCAGAAAAGCAUCUCCAAAGAAUGAUUUUUCCACCUCCAUGCUUCACGGUUGGGAUGGUGUUCUUGGGGUUGUACUCAUCCUUCUUCUUCCUCCAAACACGGCGAGUGGAGUUUAGACCAAAAAGCUCUAUUUUUGUCUCAUCAGACCACAUGACCUUCUCCCAUUCCUCCUCUGGAUCAUCCAGAUGGUCAUUGGCAAACUUCAGACGGGCCUGGACAUGUACUGGCUUGAGCAGGGGGACCUUGCGUGCGCUGCAGGAUUUUAAUCCAUGAUGGCGUAGUGUGUUACUAAUGGUUUUCUUUGAGACUGUGGUCCCAGCUCUCUUCAGGUCAUUGACCAGGUCCUGCCGUGUAGUUCUGGGCUAAUCCCUCACCUUCCUCAUGAUCAUUGAUGCCCCACGAGGUGAGAUCUUGCAUGGAGCCCCAGACCGAGGGUGAUUGACCGUCAUCUUGAACUUCUUCCAUUUUCUAAUAAUUGUGCCAACAGUUGUUGCCUUCUCACCAAGCUGCUUGCCUAUUGUCCUGUAGCCCAUCCCAGCCUUGUGCAGAUCUAUAAUUUUAUCCCUGAUGUCCUUACACAGCUCUCUGGUCUUGGCCAUUGUGGAGAGGUUGGAGUCUGUUUGAUUGAGUGUGUGGACAGGUGUCUUUUAUACAGGUAACGAGUUCAAACAGGUGCAGUUAAUACAGGUAAUGAGUGGAGAACAGGAGGGCUUUUUAAAGAAAAACUAACAGGUCUGUGAGAGCCGGAAUUCUUACUGGUUGGUAGGUGAUCAAAUACUUAUGUCAUGCAAUAAAAUGCAAAUUAAUUACUUAAAAAUCAUACAAUGUGAUUUUCUGGAUUUCUGGAUGUUUUAGAUUCCGUCUCUCACAGUUGAAGUGUACCUCUGAUAAAAAUUACAGACCUCUACAUGCUUUGUAAGUAUGAAAACCUGCAAAAUCGGCAGUGUAUCAAAUACUUGUUCUCCCCACUGUAUAUGAACUCAGUCCGGCUUUAAACUUACUCUUGAAAGUUGUAAUAGUAGAAUGCACAAGGUGCUAUUUCAUAAUUGGGUAGUGCGUCAUAAGUUCCUCUUGUCAUGUUAGUCAUUGCAUACCUUAGAGAGCUAUUUAUAACUUGUCAGAAAUGUCCAGAUCAGCUAGCCCAUGUCAGCUAACGUUUUUCAUUUAGGUUUUUUAGCCCAUAGAUUUGUUGUAAUUUUUUUGUUACUCAAAUAUCACAUGAAUACAUAUGCCAAAAUGUAUAGAAUUGCUUGAAAAUGUGCUUUAAAACUGCAAAAUGUUCUUUGCACCCCAUGACAAAUUGUGUAGAAUUGCAGGAAAUAAGCUUGAAACCUGCAAAAGUCUUUCCACCAACAAGAGGGAUGAGAACAGUUUGUGUCAUGAACAGUGCUUGUGCCCAUAGAAAUAGGGGGCACGGGAUCUUACCCAAUGCUGGAAGGGGGGCCCAGAGUGAAAAACGUUUGGGAACCCCUGUCUUACCACACCCAGGGACAACAUUUUGGCAAUAAUGUCAAUAUCCACAUGCCUUUACCAUAAUAACAAGUAGGACUGAGCUGGUGAGAUUUGAUGUGGUUUAUUUAUCUCAUUAAUCUGUGUUAAUGUUUGGUAUGAUGUGUGGCAGGAGGCCAAGAAGGAAAGGACGGUGGUGGACAAGGUGUUCUUUGCACGUAUCCUGAAGAUAGUGAAGAUCAUGGUUCCUGGAGUGUUCUGCAAAGAGGUAUGAGCUCUUCUACAAACUUGAUGACUUUGAAUGCACUCCAACAUUUUCAUCUUGAUUGGAAUUACAUUUCACUUAAUGUAAGGAAGUGUAUUGUUUAACAUCUCAACAGAUCUCCCAAUCUCUUGUGUUGACCUAUUUCUUGUAAUCUACUGCUCCCCAGUCAGGAUACUGUCUCCUCAUCGCUGCCAUGCUGGUGGCCAGAACCUACUGUGAUGUGUGGAUGAUCCAGAAUGGCACCAUGAUCGAGAGGUAGGUAGGGCUGGGAGAUAUGUCUAAUUAAUUGAAAUUAAUGUUUUGGCUCGAUGUUCCAAAUGCCUGUAUCGCAAGAAUCUAGGUUUUUAUUUUGUGUUCGUUUUUAUGAGUGUUAUGUCUUUUUGGUCUCGUCUGCUUCACUCCUGUGCUGUGUGCACUGUGCACCUUCCCACUCGCACACAGACACCAAUACCCUCCCCCUGCCACCCACAACAACAAAGACGAAAGAUAACUUCUCCCUGACAACAAGCAGUUUAAACUCAGUAUUUGCAUUUAAGGUUUGGUCCAACAGAAUCGGUCGUAUGGACACCGAAAUGCUUAGAGACAUUAUUUUACUGUAGUAGAGGAGAACUUAACCUUUCUAACGAUACCCUUUUUAUCUGAGGCGGCGCACAAUUGGCCCAGCGUCGUCCAGGGUAGGGGAGGGAAUGGCCGGCAGGGAUGUAGCUCAGUUGGUAGAGCAUGGCGUUUGCAACGCCAGGGUUGUGGGUUCGAUUCCAGUAAUAAAAUAAUGUAUGCACUCACUAACUGUAAGUCGCUCUGGAUAAGAGCGUCUGCUAAAUGACUAAAAUGUAAAUGUAAAUGUAUCUCAACUCCCAAAAUGUAGAACAGAGCAGACCCUACUAAAACGAGAGUAUCAAUGAACAUGUUGUGGAAAAUGAAUGCUCAGUUUCUGUCGUGUGCGGCAUUGCAGUACCACGUACAGCUAGCAGCAUUUUAGCCACAGACUGUUGUGCUAGCUGUCUAGUCUGUGUUUUAUGAAUGUGCAAUGAGCAUAAAAAUACGCAUUUAUAUAAGGAUUUGGCAACACGUUCUCAUUCUGAUAAAUAAUCUUAUCUAGGUAGGCCACUUGAUUUCAAUAUCUAAACAAAGUGAACAGGCUAUGUUGUUCAAACAGUUUAAGAUGGACAGGAGGGUCAUAACAGUUCAAUUGUUCUUCCUUGUUAGCAAGCAAAUAUAUCCAAGUUGGCUAGACUUGAAAUAUAAUGAUUAGCUGGCUACUCACUAGCACGUGGGCUUGUGCUUGAGAGAUUGUUCAUGAGACCUACAAGAAGUUAGUCAUUAUUAGCGGAUGUGCAUGGUUCCGGUGAAAUCUGUAACAAAAAUUGCAUCUUCAUAGACAGACUUGAAAGCCAGAUCAGUGGUUAUUGCAACAAAAGCAGGUUAAACUAAAAUAAUAAAAUGAUUAGUGGUCUUAUGGUUGUGGAAGGCGUAUAUUUAGCCUAGGUAUAAUUUUACAAGCCCUGAAUUAAUUCGAUUAUUUCUGACCUGACUGUUUGAAAUGCAGUGUAUUGACCUUUAAUUCUUCAACGAAGUUUAUUAAGAGAAAGCGUAAAAAAAUAAAAUAAAGAUGUAUAUCGUGAAUCGCCCAUAAGUUUGAAUAAAUCAAGAUAUGAUUUUUAGGCCAUAUCGCCCAGGCCUAGAGGUUGGACUCCAUAGAAAACCCUAGCACACCAACAUUAAAGUUCUCACCAGCGACAUUGCCAGCAGCAACUUCAACAUAGCUUUGCAGAAUUAUUGUUACUUAUCAUAUUUGACAGGUUGUAAUCAUCUCCUCUUAAUUCCUCCACAGUGGAAUCAUUAGCAGAGAUGUCAAUAUUUUCAAGAAGCACUUUUAUUACUAUAUUGCUGCCAUACCGGGGGUAAACUAGUGUCCAGUGCUACAUUUGCAUGGAUUACUUUGUGUUGCUUGGGGUGCCUGGAAGCAGAAUAUGAUUAAGUGCUUAUGCAUUGUUGUUGUGGUUUAAUUGCAUUUGUGGGCAUCACUGGUCUUGAAGGAUUGCGGGCUUGCAAAUAUUUGAAAUACUGUAUUUAGCCUACCUUCUAGUCAGUUAUUAACAUAUUCCUGGUUAUUUUCUAGAGUGGGUUUUAUUUUGUGUUUGGGGUGGAAAAAUUGAUCCUGGCAGCCCUACAGGACUAGACUGGGCCAACUUAUUAAUGAGACUUAUUAUUUAUUUUCAUCUAAAACGGAGUUUGUAACAUCUGUGCGUCACAGCGGGUUAAUAAAGGUUGGGUUUUGAUUUGACGAUGUCCAUUUGCCCACUAACAUGGGGUGAACAGCUGCGGUGAUUGCUCUCUAUACAAUAGAAUAGACAGUGAGGCAGACCUGCUCAGCAGCUCCGACUGUUUACAUAAGACAACACGUUGUGCAUUUUUUUACUUGAGAAAUACUGCACCAAUCACCAUAGUUAGAUGUAAAAUUGCGCAACUAAAACAUCCUCGGCAAAAACGUUAACUCAAGAAAUGUAUAAUUAUUUUUAUCUUAGGUUCAUUCUAGGGAUUUUGAGGAAGUCAAAUAGGCUUCCGAGUACAGUGUCUCAUGGGGGACAAACAUCAUUAACCAAACGCGGAAUCGGUCAGGAAACACACCUCCAAGACUGAAAUCUUGUUUUUCGAAUGAGAGAAAAACCCGUGCCAAUCGGCGUGUUCAGUGGCUCUUUAAGGUGCGGACAAUCCAGCUCUUCCAGUGUUGGGUUUUCUGGACGCUAAAAAACACUGAAAAAAACACACACCUUUGGUUUACAAUGUAGAAUGACCCCACUUUUUGCCCUGUAUGUGACAUUGUGAGUGUGUGUUCACUUUGUGCAUGUUGGUUUGCAGUGCAAUUAUUGGUCGUUCAACAAAAGAUUUCAAGAGACUCUUGUUCAACUUUAUAAAAGUCAUGCCAUUUGUAAGUGCAACUUUCCUACUUCUAUUUUUGUGGUUAAUUUGUUGUCUUAAUUGUCUCUACCACCCGUAUAUUAAAACAAAAUUAUAAUGCGUAAUUCUACACAUGACACUUUCUCAAUACAGUAUAUUUGAUAAUAAGCUAAUGAACUUGAAAACAGUUAACCUCAUGAUUUGGGAAUGGUGGUUUACGUUAGGAUUAGAAUUGUGCCCAAUUGGGAGAGCGUUUGUUUGUAUUUUUUUGUCAAUACUAAAACUGCCUGAUAACUAACAGACUGGUGAUCCCUGGCCUAUAUUUAUUAGAGGUUUUAUGAGGUGUUUAUGAUUAUUUACUCAGUGCAUAAAUUCCAUUGAGUGGUAUACUCGCACCAUAAAAUGUCAUGCACUGCUUUUAAAUGAGACUGCUAUUAUGGCCCGUUUGCCUGUUUCAGAUCUCACUGGUUAACAACUUCCUCAAGCUGGGUCUGAAUGAACUGAAGCUCUGUUGCCGGGUUCGACUCACCAAGCACCUCUAUGAUGAGUACCUGCAGUAAGUCCUGCUGAUCACUCAUUCCCAAGCCUACUUCUUGCAGAAUAUUAGUUCUGAGAGAUCAAGAGAACAUCUGUCUGUCUGCCCUUAGCUGGUCUCGUGACAGACGUUAACAUUUACAUCUAACCCAAAUCACGUAGCGGGAGAUUUGGUUCUGGGUGACAAGAUUAGCCCAAGGUCCCAGGGUUCCGGACUGGAAGCACGCUUUCGGCUGUGCCCAGAGGACAGCAUCGGUAUUGUAGUUUAACUGAAGUCUGGCCCAGAAAGGCAAUUCCCAUAGACAGCCCCAUAGAGAAGUCACAUUUGAAAAUUCCUAAUAAGACACUUAAGUCCUCACCUUUGUGCACGAAACUACCAUUGAAAUAUUCAAAUAAUUGGCACUGAGGCCGAUUUUUUUUUCUUUUUCAUCACUCACAGCCGAAGAUACGAAAACAUUUAAUUCAUGCUGGCCAUCGACGUGCCGUUUGGUUUGUGUAGCCGUCCACGUGCAUGGCACGCUCUGGCAGAGUUCCCGGAGCAUGUUCGCGCGGUACUGCUGUCUGUCCAGUGCGCACUGUGCAGGCGUUGUCGUCCCAGUAAAAACGGAUAUAGAAAGAUGGCAGUAACUACGAAACAGCGAAUGGAAACUUAAGUAGAUUACGCUGAAAACAACAAGCGUCCAUUUUGGACGCUGUCUCUAGUUCAUAUAUACCUCAGUGGAUUAGCCUUUAGCAAUAGAGGUAGUUUGAAAGGAUUUUUCCCUUGAUCAGAUUUCAUUUUACAAAUGUCCUAGCCCCACUACUUACAGUGUAGUGACCCUGUUACAAUGGUGUAAGGAACAAUGACUUCAUAAACUCAAAGUGAUAGAAAAUACAUAAAACACCUGCCAAACCCUGUUUCAUGUUUUCACCACACCAUCCUCCCAUCCCACAUCUCCUCUUCAGAGGUUACACAUACUAUAAGAUUGGUAACCUGGACAACCGCAUCGGUAACCCUGACCAGCUGUUGACCCAGGACGUGGAGAAGUUUUGUAACAGUGUGGUGGACCUCUACUCCAACAUCAGCAAGGUAACCUGCACUUAAAUAGCCUGGUUAUACUAGACCAAAUUCUGCACUCAAAUGAAACAAUGCCGAGUUCAGAAUUCAGUCUGGUUCAACCAGGCUAUUAAAAAAUACCUCUGUUGUAGAGACAACUAAUGCGGCUCAAAGCCUGAUACAAUCUACUGCUAUUGACAGUACACUGAACCUGGGAUGAUAAUCAGACAGGUUUUGUCUCUUCCUUUAGCCUCUAUUGGACAUUGGUCUGUACAUCUUCAAGUUGACCUCGGCCAUCGGGCCACAGGUGAGUCUUGCUUUGUCUAAUGUAGCCUUCUAUGGAUCUCUGGAAUUGUCCUACAUUUAGGCUUAUAUGUAGUUUCAAUUGAAAGAAUGAAAAUGUUAAUCCCCAAUGCAUCUGCACAGUAGAAUAGAGUUUCUACUCUACUCUCCUCUUUCCCCUCAGGGUCCUGCCUGUAUGAUAGGCUACCUGGUGUUCUCUGGGCUCAUCCUGACACGUCUGCGGAGGCCCAUCGGCAAGAUGACGGUGAUGGAGCAGAGAUACGAGGGAGAGUACCGAUUCGUCAACUCACGCCUCAUCACCAACAGGUCAGUCGGGUCGCACAUCUAUCCUUACUACUGUUCCUCUCUUCUCCUUUUUAAGACAAAGAAUUUCUGUUUCAUGUUCUUUUUCCACUGUGAAAAUAACUGGUUUAAUGUUUUGUUUCCCACAGUGAAGAAAUUGCCUUCUACAAUGGAAACCUGAGGGAGAAACAGACCAUUCACUCCACCUUCCAGAAACUGGUGAGAGGGUUUGGGGCUUUAAAUCUAUCAGUGGCGGUAGUUGACUUACUAUGGCAGGGAUCAUCAACUAGAUUCACCCGCCUGACAAUUUUUUUCUUGGGCGGAUGAUCAGGAGGCAGGAACAUAAUUACAAAUAAUUUGUCGAUGGCAAAUUGACCACAAGAAGCCCAAACAGAUAUAACAUUUGACUAAAACAUAAUAAUUUCAAACCGUACUUACAUUUGCAUACGAUCACAAAUAUCUCUCUAUUAUGCGUGGGAAUACUUGUCUACAGAUUUCCUAAAUUAAAAUCACUUGGAGCUGAUUUGCUAGGGGUUUGUCUUUUAUGCUCAGAAAACUUUGGGGGCCAAAUAAAAUCACCCGUACUAUGGUAUCACAGAGGAUCUGUACUACAAUGCAUAUCAAUGUCUUACGUUACAUUCUCUCCCAUAGGUGGAUCAUUUGCACAAUUUCAUUUUCUUCCGCUUUUCAACUGGUUUCGUGGACAGCGUCAUUGCAAAGUGUGAGAAUACUCUUUGAUUUGAAGUUUGUUAAUUACUUUAUUCAUACUCUCUCAUCUGAUGUGGUUUAUAGCUGAAUUAAAUACUUGUGGUUUUCCCACCUCUGUAGACAUUGCCACUGUUGUGGGGUACCUGGUGGUGAGCAGGCCGUUCCUGAACCGUACCCACCCACGCCACCUACACAGUACCCACGCUGAGCUGCUAGAGGUGAGGAGAGACAAAGAGUGUGUGUGUGUGUGUUCUGUAUGGAUCAGAUCCUAACUUCCCUGUCUCCCCUCUCUCCCUCUCUUUCUCCUCCAGGACUAUUACCAGAGUGGGCGUAUGUUGCUGAGCAUGUCUCAGGCCCUGGGCAGGAUCGUCCUGGCUGGCAGAGAGAUGAGCAGGCUCUCAGGGUCAGUCAUACACAAUGCUCUUAUCACACAAUUGGUUCAACUGGUUCGGUGGUGCACUGGUAGCCUGAAUGCCAGUUUGUUAGCGCUAUCAUGCUAUCUCUGUCAGUUAUUGCAAUAGAGUUCCAAUAUUUGCAUAACCCUUGCGAUUGGAGGGUAGUUGUGGGGGUUAUCGAAUUAGGAUCCAAUCCUCUGUUCUCCUCAAGCUCAUUAUUGUUCAUAUUUGAAGAUUGUUGUGAGGCCAGACUGUUUGGCUUGGUAAAGACAGCAAUGGAGUAGGUAAGAGCACAAACAGAUCUGGGACUAGUUCAGUGGUUCAUUGGUUUGUUGGUUCAAUUGUUCAUUGGGUUAAUGGUUUAAUGGUCUCAGAUCACUCCACUUGUUCUUCUUUCCCUCCAUCUGCUGUCCCCUCCUCACUGACUCCUUCUGUCCCUUCCUCACUGACUCCUUCUGUCCCCUCCUCACUGACUCCUUCUGUCCCCUUCUCACUGACUCCUGCUGUCCCCUCCUCACUGACUCCUUCUGUCCCCUUCUCACUGACUCCUGCUGUCCCCUCCUCACUGACUCCUUCUGUCCCCUCCUCACUGACUCCUUCUGUCCCCUCCUCACUGACUCCUUCUGUCCCCUCCUCACUGACUCCUACUGUCCCCUCCUCACUGACUCCUUCUGUCCCUUCCUCACUGACUCCUUCUGUCCCCUCCUCACUGACUCCUGCUGUCCCCUCCUCACUGACUCCUUCUGUCCCCUCCUCACUGACUCCUGCUGUCCCCUCCUCACUGACUCAUGCUGUCCCCCUCCUCACUGACUCCUGCUGUCCCCUCCUCACUGACUCCUUCUGUCCCCUCCUCACUGACUCCUGCUGUCCCCUCCUCACUGACUCCUGCUGUCCCUUCCUCACUGACUCCUUCUGUCCCCUCCUCACUGACUCCUGCUGUCCCCUCCUCACUGACUCUUGCUGUCCCCCUCCUCACUGACUCUUGCUGUCCCCCUCCUCACUGACUCGACUCUUGCUGUCCCCCUCCUCACUGACUCUUGCUGUCCCCCUCCUCACUGACUCUUGCUGUCCCCCUCCUCACUGACUCUUGCUGUCCCCCUCCUCACUGACUCCUGCUGUCCCCCUACAGGUUCACAGCUCGCAUCACCGAGAUCAUUAAAGUCCUGAAAGAGCUGAACUCUGGGAAAUACGAGAGGACCAUGGUCUCUCAGCAGGGAGGCAGAGGUACCCGCUGCAUGUUCCCUGAUAAUGUAUUGAUGCUGAUAUUGUUGUUAGAUAGCAGUCUCAUGUGGCAGUAGUCUAACACAGGAACAGGAUAACAUUUUACUAGUUUAUGUGCGAGAUGAUUGCUUUUGUGAUUUUUUUCUUUGUCACAUUUUCAGAUGGUGAAUUACAAGAUAGAAUCACCUUGGUCCCAGGAAGUGGUGAAAUCAUCCACAAAGACAAGAUUAUUAAGUAUGUAUCUGACAGAUACAUGUAUUAUAGCAAUACAAUAAACAUGAUUAACAUGCUUAAUGAAAGUAGGUACUACCUGGUUUGAUGUUGUACUUGUGUCUCAGGUUUGAGCAUACACCUCUUGCAACGCCCAAUGGGGAUAUUCUUAUCAAAGACCUCAGCUUUGAGGUGAGUAUCUCAAUACCACCUAGGAGCAACUCCGUACUGAACCAAUUUAUAAAAUUCAUGAAAUCUAAAGACUAGACUUAUGAUGAAGGUUGAGGGACUGUUUAAUCUGGAAGUGCAGACGGCUGAACUGUGCCUUCCCAUCCCCUGCUAACCUAAGGUGACAUCAGGGACAAACGUCUUGGUGUGUGGCCCCAACGGCUGUGGGAAGAGCUCACUCUUCAGAGUCCUGGGAGAGGUAUGAGGAAUCAACAAUUGCUGAAAAAGCCUGUUAUGUUGCUGUAGUGUUUUACUGUUUUACAUUCAUGAGUAGUAAUGGAUGUGUCUGUUUCUCAGCUCUGGCCUCUGUUUGGUGGCCGUCUCACCAAACCUGAGCGAGGGAAGCUCUUCUAUGUUCCCCAGAGGCCAUACAUGACCCUGGGCUCUCUGAGGGAUCAGGUGAUCUACCCAGAUACAGUGGAGGACCAGAGGAGGAAGGGCACCUUUGAUAAGGUAGCCUAACUAUCCAAUCAUAGCAGCCCUUUACUGGACCAUACAUGUACACUACCAGACAGAAAUGUGGACACACCUACUCAUUCAAGGGUUUUUCUUUAUUUUUACUAUUUUCUACAUUGUAGAAUAAUAGUGAAGACAUCAAAACUAUGAAAUAACACAAAUGGAAUCAUAUAGUAACCAAAAAAGUGUUAAACAGAUCAAAAUAUAUUUUAUAUUUUAGAAUCUUCGAAGUAGCCACCCUUUAUAUUGAUGACAGCUUUGCACACUCUUGGCAUUCUCUCAACCAGCUUCACCUGGAAUGCUUUUCCAACAGUCUUGAAGGAGUUCCCACAUAUGCUGAGCACUUGUUGGCUGCUUUUCCUUCACUCUCCGGCCCGACUCAUCCCAAACCAUCUCAAUUGGGUUGAGGACGGGGGAUUGUGGAGGCCACGUAAUCUGAUGCAGCACUCAUCACUCUCCUCCAUGGUAAAAUAGCCCUUACACAGCCAGGAGGUGUGUUGGGUCAUUGUCCUGUUGAAAAACAAAUGAUAGUCCCACUAAGCCCAAACCAGAUGGGAUGGCGUAUCGCUGCAGAAUGCUGUGGUAGCCAUGCUGGUUAAGUGUGCCUUGAAUUCUAGAUAAAUCACAGACAGUGUCACAAGUAAAGCACCCCCACACCAUAACACCUCCUCCUCCAUGCUUUAUGGUGGGAAAUACACAUGAGGAGAUAAUCCGUUCACCCACACCACGUCUCACAAAGACACAGCGGUUGGAACCAAAAAUCUCAAAUUUGGCUCCAGACCAAAUGACACAUUUCCACCGGUCUAAUGUCCAUUGCUCAUGUUUCUUGGCCCAAGCAAGUCUCUUAUUAUUAUUGGUGUCCUUUAGUAGUGGUUUCUUUACAGCAAUUCGACCAUGAAGGCCUGAUUCACACAGUCUCCUCUGAACAGUUGAUGUUGAGAUGUGUCUGUUACUAUUAUAUUAUAUAUUAUUAUUAUAUAUUAUUAUUAUAUUUAUAUUAUAUUAUUAUAUUUAUAUUAUUAUAUUAUAUUAUAUAUUAUAUUUACUUGAACUCUGUGAAGCAUUUAUUUGGGCUGCAAUUUCUGAGGCUGGUAACUCUAAUGAACUUAUCCUCUGCAGCAGAGGUAACUCUGGGUCUUCCAUUCCUGUGGCGGUCCUCAUGAGAGCCAGUUUCAUCAUAGUGCUUAAUGGUUUUUGCCACAGCACUUGAAGAAACUUUCAAAGUUCUUGAAAUAUACUGUAUUGACUGACCUUCAUGUCUUAAAGUAAUGAUGGACAGUAGUUUCUCUUUGCUUAUUUGAGCUGUUCUUGCCAUAAUAUGGACUUGGUCUUUUACCAAAUAGGGCUAUCUUCUGUAUACCCCCCCUCCUACCUUGUCACAACACAACUGAUUGGCUCAAACAUAUUAAGAAGGAAAGAAAUUCCACAAAUUAACAUUUAAGAAGGCACACCUGUUAAUUAAAAUGCAUUCCAGGUGACUACCUCAUGAAGCUGGUUGAGAGAAUGCCAAGCGUGUGCAAAGCUGUCAUCAAGGCAAAGGGUGGCUAUUUGAAGAAUCUCAAAUAUAAAAUAUAUUUUGAUUUGUUUAACACUUUUUUGGUUACUACAUGAUUCCAUAUGUGUUAUUUCAUAGUUUUAUGUCUUCACUAUUAUUCUACAAUGUAAAAAUAAAGAAAACCCUUGAAUGAGUAGGUGUGUCCAAACUUUUGACUGGUAGUGUAUAUCCAAACACAUCAGCUCUUUACUAUACCAUAUAUCCAAUCACAGCAGCCCUUUUUUUGACCAAUGAUUUGUAAUGCUUCUCAAGUGUGCUGUACAUGGCCUCUGUCAGUAGGAUGUGGUAUGUCAGAGGAUAGCACUAAGCUAUGCACGCUGUUUGCUGACAGUGUGGUAUGCUGGCGUUUUUGUACGUAUCUGUGCGUCUCUCCGUUUCUGUGUGUGUGUGUGUUCUGCUGGGCAACAGGUGCUGAAGGAGUACCUGGACAACGUCCAGCUUGGUCACAUCCUGGAGAGGGAGGGCAGCUGGGACACCGUCCAGGACUGGAUGGACGUCCUCAGUGGAGGAGAGAAACAGAGGAUGGCUGUAAGUCACUGCUCAUUUCCUAAAGAAAACAACAGUGAAUAGUGAAGACACAUGUAGUUGUUUUGUCUCUUUCUAUGCCAGACUAAUUCUGCUAGCUGCAUAGCACUGCACUCCAUUUAUGUUGCCAUGACUUUUAAGACCAUUUUCCAAGCACAUACAGCUGUAAAAAAGUAUUUGAUCCCCUGCUGAUUUUGUACGUUUGCCCACUGACAAAGAAAUGAUCAGUCUAUAAUUUUAAUGGUAGGUUUAUUUGAACAGUGAGAGACAGAAUAACAAACAAAAAAUCCAGAAAAACGCAUGUCAAAAAUGUUAUAAAUUGAUUUGCAUUAUAAUGAGGGAAAUAUGUUUUGCAGAGGGGUCAAAUACUUGACUUAGUACUUUGUGGCAAAACCCUUGUUGGCAAUCACAGAGGUCAGACGUUUCUUGUAGUUGGCCACCAGGUUUGCACACAUCUCAGGAGGGAUUUUGUCCCACUCCUCUUUGCAGAUCUUCUCCAAGUCAUUAAGGUUUCGAGGCUGACGUUUGGCAACUCGAACCUUCAGCUCCCUCCACAUAUUUUCUAUGGGAUUAAGGUCUGGAGACUGGCUAGGCCACUCCAGGACCUUAAUGUGCUUCUUAUUGAGCCACUCCUUUGUUGUCUUGGCCGUGUGUUUUGGGUCAUUGUCGUGCUAGAAUCCACGACCCAUUUACAAUGCCCUGGCUGAGGGAAGGAGGUUCUCACCCAAGAUUUGACGGUACAUGGCCCCGUCCAUCGUCCCUUUGAUGCGGUGAAGUAGUCCUGUCCCCUUAGCAGAAAAACACCCCCAAAGCAUAAUGUUUCUACCUCCAUGUUUGACGGUGGGGAUGGUGUUCUUAGGGUCAUAGGCAGCAUUCCUCCUCCUCCAAACACGGCGAGUUGAGUUGAUGCUAAAGAGCUCGAUUUUGGUCUCAUCUGACCACAACACUUUCACCCAGUUAUCUGAAUCAUUCAGAUGUUCAUUGGCAAACUUCAGACGGCCCUGUAUAUGUGCUUUCUUGAGCAGGGGGACCUUGCGGGCGCUGCAGGAUUUCAGUCCUUCACGGCGUAGUGUGUUACCAAUUGUUUUCUUGGUGACUAUGGUCCCAGCUGCCUUGAGAUCAUUGACAAGAUCCUCCCGUGUAGUUCUGGGCUGAUUCCUCACCGUUCUCAUGAUCAUUGCAACUCCACGAGGUGAGAUCUUGCAUGGAGCCCCAGGCCGAGGAAGAUUGACAGUUCUUUUGUGUUUCUUCCAUUUGCGAAUAAUUGCACCAACUGUUGUCACCUUCUCACCAAGCUGCUUGGCGAUGGUCUUGUAGCCCAUUCCAGCCUUGUGUACGUCUACAAUCUUGUCCCUGACAUCCUUGGAGAGCUCUUUGGUCUUGGCCAUAGUGGAGAGUUUGGAGUCUUGAUUGAUUGAUUGCUUCUGUGGACAGGUGUCUUUUAUACAGGUAACAAGCUGAGAUUAGGAGCACUUCCUUUAAGAGUGUGCUCCUAAUCUCAGCUCGUUACCUGUAUAAAAGACACCUGGGAGCCAGAAAUCUUUCUGAUUGAGAGGGGGUCAAAUACUUAUUUCCCUCAUUAAAAUGCAAAUCAAUUUAUAACAUUUUUGACAUGCGUUUUUCUGGAUUUUUUUGUUGUUAUUCUGUCUCUCACUGUUCAAAUAAACCUACCAUUAAAAUUAUAGACUGAUCAUUUCUUUGUCAGUGGGCAAACGUACAAAAUCAGCAGGGGAUCAAAUACUUUUUUCCCUCACUGUAAAGGUAGCUUUUCAUUGAUUGGACUCCUCUUCUCUUCUCUUCUCUUCUCUCACACACACAUCUCAUCUCAUCUCUCUGGUAUCUAGAUGGCCCGUCUGUUUUACCAUAAGCCCCAGUUUGCCAUCCUGGAUGAGUGCACCAGUGCUGUGAGUGUAGAUGUGGAGGACUUUAUCUACAGCCACUGCAGGACGGUAAAAUACAACACUGGGACUAUUAUUCAGAUUAUACAUUAAAUAGGUCAUUUGUCAAUCUUUUUUAAUUUUUUUAUUCAAGUUUACAAAAUGUACAUCAAUGUAAGUACAAAGAUUUUGCCAUAUCCCAACCAUUUGUCAAUAUGUUGAUGAUUAUUGAAAAUUUUUUUAUUUAUGUGCACAUUGUGAAAGAGGAAUGAAAAAGAACCAAGCUAACUGAUGCAUGGUAGCUUAUGGGAUGUCAUAUUUACCUUUCCUCAGGUGGGCAUCACGUUGUUCACGGUUUCUCACAGGAAGUCUUUGUGGAAGCACCAUGAGGUAAGUCCUGUCACACCAAAUGAUGAAACAUAAAAUGACUGUGCAUAUAAUAAUAUAAUGCAGGUGAAUACUAAAGCCCUGUUCUUUUGUCCUUUUUUUAAUUCUAAGAGCGUUUACUUGUUUACAUCUAUUUUGUAGGAGCAUUUUAUUUUAUAUAGAUUAAAAUACAUUCCAAAUAUCUAAGAGGGCCUUUAAGAAAGAACACCUUCUAACCAGUGAUUUCUGUCUUCUCCAGUACUACCUGCACAUGGAUGGAAGGGGAAACUAUGAGUUCAAAGCCAUCACCCAGGAAACUGUGGAAUUUGGGUCAUAA